AUGUCAAGAGACGCACCAGCUAAAGCAGAGAAGGAUUACUCUGAGAUUUUGAAACAAGAGUUUCCUAAGAUUGACUCUCUUGCUUUGAAUGAUUAUGUUGCUGCAUUAGAACAGUUAUCUGUAUGGGAAAAGAAAGUUAGGCAAGCUGCAGAUUUAUCCUCUUCAAAGGAAGUUCUAGCGAAGAUUGUUGAUGUGUUAGCCACCAAGGGAAGAUGGGAUGAAUUAGAUGAACAAUUGGUCCUUUUAUCUAAGAAACAUGGUCAAUUGAAACUUUCUAUUCAAUAUAUGGUUCAAAAGAUUAUGGAAUAUCUAAAAUCUGACACUAAAAUGGAAUUAGAUAUAAGAAUUAAAGCAAUUGAGACUAUAAGAACCGUCACCGAAAAUAAAAUUUUUGUAGAAGUAGAGAGAGCUAGAGUCACAAAGGAAUUGUGUCAAAUAAAAGUAGAUCAAAAGAAAUUAAAGGAAGCUUGUGAAAUCCUGUGUGAAUUACAAGUUGAAACUUACGGUUCAAUGGAUAUGUAUGAGAAGAUAGAAUUUAUAUUGGAACAAAUGGAAUUAUGUAUAUUGACUAAUGAUUUCUCUCAAGCAACCGUCUUAUCGAGAAAGAUAUUAAAGAAGACUUUGAAUAAUCCAAAAUACGAAACUUUGAAAUUAUCAUACUAUGAAUUGUUGAUUAAGAUUGGUUUACAUAAGAAAGAAUAUUUAGACAUUGCCCAAUAUUAUCAAGAGGUUUAUAAUACUAAUUCUGUGCAAAAGGAAGAAUCUAAAUGGAAGUAUGCUUUAGCUCAUAUCAUUUAUUUCUUAGUUUUAGCACCAUAUGGUAAUCUACAAAAUGAUCUAGUUCAUAAAAUACAACAGGAUAAUAAUUUAAAGAAAUUAGAAGCCCAAGAGUCUCUAAUCCAAUUGUUUACUACACAAGAGUUGAUGAGAUGGCCGAUAGUGAAAAAGACAUAUGAGCCUGUUCUAACUAAGGACGAUGUGGUAUUCACAGAGGAACAUCCUGACCACUGGGAAGAAUUACAGAAGAGAGUCAUCGAACAUAACUUGAGAGUUAUAUCGGAAUACUACUCUAGAAUUACACUUGCUAGAUUAAAUGAAUUAUUAGAUUUAUCUGAGUCACAAACUGAGACCUAUAUUAGUAAUCUUGUUAAUCAAGGUAUCAUAUACGCUAAAGUGAAUAGGCCUGCUAAGAUUGUUAAUUUCCAAAGACCAAAAGAGUCCAGCGAAUUAUUAAACGACUGGUCUAGAAAUAUCGAUGAAUUACUUGAGAAUAUUGAAACUAUUGGUCAUUUAAUAACCAAAGAAGAAAUUAUGCACGGUCUAAAGGCUAAAUAA